UGCAGCAUGUGUGUGUCUGAGAGAGGGAAAGGGCAGCUGGCAGCAGGGACAAGAUGUCUUGAUUGUCAGCGAUGAUGUCCUCAUGGCCCUCUGGCUGUGGGGAAUGGUGUGUGCCAUCCGUGCCGGGGUAACAUCAGAGGACCUGAGACCCAUGCCUAUCCAGCCAGCACUGGAGUAACUCAGGAAGGGCGUCCCUACCCCCGCCAGGUUGCCAGGGAGGCAGAAGGGACCUCCCUCCAGAGGGAGUCUCGGCUUCCGGAGCCCCACUCCUUAUAUGGUGAUUGGCUUCCCUCUGCCUCUCCUGAUGCACCGUGCUGCCAGCACCGGCCCCCCUCCCUCUCCGUCCUCUCCUCUCCUCCCUCCCCUUCUCCUUUCCCUCCUUCCUCCUCCCUCCCUCUCUCCUCCCCUCUUCCAUCUUCUUAGAAGUCUUGGAGCCUCUGGCCAGGUUCUUGAUAUAUCCAGGGUCUUCAGGGCCCAGUUCCCCUUCAUUGGGAGCUAAAUGUCCCCUCCAUGUCCUCCAAACCCCAGCCCCCCAGGUAGCAGCUGCCAGAUUUCCCUGCAAAUACAGAAAAGUAUUGGGCCUUACCAGAGACCUGGGUGUGGGGGCAUGGGGCAGCCCUGUCCAGUCACAGAGAGAGCCUUUGCCUGGCUGUGCGUCCCUCACACAGAGCCCAAGACCCGGACUCAGGACCUGGGCAGGAGUGAGUGGGAGCUCAAAGCCACAGCUGAGAGCUCACAUGUAGACUUGCUGAGCCCCUGGGCACAGAGGCUGAUGGUGAGGGUCCUUCCCGGGCUGAGCUGCACAUCCUGCAGAGCUGGGCGGGCAGGGUCAAGGGCAGUGAGGACCCAGGAGAGCAGUGGCCAGCGCCAGCCCCCUCCAGCCCCCCAAAGAGAGAGGCGAGUGGAGAGGAGGAAGCCCACCUUGGGACCCUGGGAGGCAGCAGAUGACAGCCCGCCCAGGGCCCGGGAGGGGGCGUGGGAGAGGCGCCCAGUGCCCGGCUCAGUCCCUCCGGUCCCCGCAGACUGAAUGAGCCCCGCCGCCCGGGGUGGGAGGUGCGGAGCGGAGGGAUUAGUCAUCCCGGCCCCGCCAUGUGUGCAGGGGGUGGGACCUCCCGUCCCUUGCCGCCCGGGAGCCGAGUGGGCGCAGGGCGGGGCCUGCAGGGGCGCGGGCGGGGCGCUGGCGGGGAGCCUGCGGCUGGGCCAAUGAGAAACCGGGCUCGGCGAGCCGGCCGCCCACGGGCCGCGCUGGCUGCAUAAAGAGCCGGCGGCCAGGACUCAGCGCAGAGCUCGGGCGCCGCGUCCUCCCUCCGCAGCAGCCGAGCCGGACCUGCCUCCCCGGGCGUGUUCCGCCAGCCCCGCCGCCGGCCCGCAGCGACAGACAGGCGCUCCCCGCAGCUCCGCACGGGACCCAGGCCGCCGGACCCCAGCGCCGGACCUCCCUCCGUCCGCCCCGAGGAGUUUGCCGCCUGCCCGAGCACCUGCGCACAGAUGGAGCUGGACCAGCGGACGAGCGGCGGGCUCCACGCCUACCCCGGGCCGCGGGGCGGUCAGGUGGCCAAGCCCAACGUGGUCCUGCAGAUCGGGAAGUGCCGGGCCGAGAUGCUGGAGCACGUGCGGCGGACGCACCGGCACCUGCUGGCGGAGGUGUCCAAGCAGGUGGAGCGCGAGCUGAAGGGGCUGCACCGGUCGGUGGGGAAGCUGGAGAGCAACCUGGACGGCUACGUGCCCACGAGCGACUCGCAGCGCUGGAAGAAGUCCAUCAAGGCCUGCCUGUGCCGCUGCCAGGAGACCAUCGCCAACCUGGAGCGCUGGGUCAAGCGCGAGAUGCACGUGUGGCGCGAGGUGUUCUACCGCCUGGAGCGCUGGGCCGACCGCCUGGAGUCCACGGGCGGCAAGUACCCGGUGGGCAGCGAGUCGGCCCGCCACACCGUUUCCGUGGGCGUGGGGGGUCCCGAGAGCUACUGCCACGAGGCGGACGGCUACGACUACACCGUCAGCCCCUACGCCAUCACCCCGCCCCCAGCUGCUGGCGAGCUGCCCGGGCAGGAGCCCGCCGAGGCCCAGCAGUACCAGCCGUGGGUCCCCGGCGAGGACGGGCAGCCCAGCCCCGGCGUGGACACGCAGAUCUUCGAAGACCCUCGAGAGUUCCUGAGUCACCUAGAGGAGUACUUGCGGCAGGUGGGCGGCUCCGAGGAGUACUGGCUGUCCCAGAUCCAGAAUCACAUGAACGGGCCGGCCAAGAAGUGGUGGGAGUUCAAGCAGGGCUCCGUGAAGAACUGGGUGGAGUUCAAGAAGGAGUUCUUGCAGUACAGCGAGGGCACGCUGUCCCGAGAGGCCAUCCAGCGCGAGCUGGACCUGCCGCAGAAGCAGGGCGAGCCGCUGGACCAGUUCCUGUGGCGCAAGCGGGACCUGUACCAGACGCUGUACGUGGACGCGGACGAGGAGGAGAUCAUCCAGUAUGUGGUGGGCACCCUGCAGCCCAAGCUCAAGCGUUUCCUGCGCCACCCCCUGCCCAAGACCCUGGAGCAGCUCAUCCAGAGGGGCAUGGAGGUGCAGGAUGACCUGGAGCAGGCGGCGGAGCCGGCCGGCCCCCACCUCCCGGCGGAGGAUGAGGCGGAGGCCCUCACGCCCGCCCCCAACAGCGAGUCCGUGGCCAGUGACCCGACCCAGCCCGAGUAGAGGGCAUCCCGGGGCCCCCAGCCUGCCCACUACAUCCAGCCUGUGGCUUUGCCCACCAGGACUUUUGAGCUGGGGCUGACUCCUGCAGGGGAAGCCCUGGUCCAGCUGGGUGCCCCCUUGGGCUCCGGGCAGACUCGCACACACUCGUGUCAUCCAGAUGUGAGCACCGCACCCAGCGGCAAAGAGCCCUCUCCCCUGCAGGGCUCCGCCCAUCACCCUCCCUCCGUCUGUCUUCCCGGCCUGGACCCCCCCGUCCACACUCUCAGGCCAUCACAGAACACCCCAGCUUCCUCAUUCUGCUACAACGCCCAGGCCGUCUGGACAUCCAGAAAACCAAGUGUCCGGAUGGCAGGGGCCAGCGGCCACCAAGCUCAUGGGACACCCAGAGCAGAAGCUAGGGCAGAGCCAACGCUGAGGGAGCCUCGACUUCCGGCGCCGCCGCCCUCUCCCGGCAUCCGCAGAGCCAGCUGACGCCCUCCCUGCCUCCCAGGGCAGCUGGCCAGCCUCGGGCAGCGCGGCCCCCUCCUCCCAGGGGAGAGUAGAAGUCGCACACGCAGCAGCAGCAGACCUGAUGUCCUGGUGCUUCCUGGCCCCUCAGCUCCAGUGAUUCACGCCUGCCUGGAGAAGAAUCAGAGCUCAGCUCAUGACUCACCCGUGGCAGGCGGAGGGUCCCAGAGGGGCUGAGUCCUCAAAUCCGGCUGAGGCAGCAGCUGGCACCAUCGGAGCCAGGAGAGUGACAACAGGUCUCAAGGUUCCCACAAAGUCUUUGCUGCUGUGCUGGGCACCACCCACCCCUCACCUUGCAGGCUGCCUGCGUGGGAGGCAAAGUCCCAGGACAGCCCAGAGGGGGGCUACAGAGAGGAGUCGGCUGCAGCAGAGGGCAGGAGCCCCAGCUUAGCCCUGAGUGCCAGCGCGAGGGCCAGGGCCUGCCACUAAGCCCGCCCCGCUGGCCGCCAGCUGCCGGUCCCCAGAGCCACUGCAGCAGGAGUCGGGCCCUGCCUCCCUCCCAGCAGGGAAACCCCGCCCGCUGCCAGGCCAUCCUCUCUGCUAGAGGCUUUCAUGAGCCCCAAGCCUGGAGCCACAGCUCCUACUCCUGCCCAGCAGCCCUGAGCCCAGCUGCAGGAAGGACAUCCCAGAAGCCAUUGCUCCUGGGGCGCUUCCCGGCAUUCUGCCCUGCCCCGACACCAGAACCCUGGUGCUGGUGGGCCACUAGGGUCUGCAGCCUGAGCAGGCGCCGGCUCAGGGUUCAUCCUUCUGCCUUGUCCACUGGGGGACCAGCCCCACAGACCACUCUGAGAAGUCUUCAGCCCACACCCUGCCAGCCCCACAGAUUUUAUUUUUGCACAUAAGCCAUAACCAAUCCUCAAGGCUGGCACAGGCUUUGGGGAAGCCCUGGAGCUUGUGAAGACCCUGGAAACCUCAUAAGGCUGUGGCCAACCCCUGCCCCUUGCCCCCUCACAGACCAGGCCUUAAAUGUCGGUCCAGGCCCUGUGCACCUUACCCCAAAGACAGACUCUUUUUGUAAGAUUUUGUUAAUAAAACACUGAAACUUC